AUUUAAAUUUUCUACGUCGUGCACACAAAAUUAUUGAGAUCUGGACAUGUCAAGUGUAUUCAAUUGAGUUAAUUAAUUGAGGAAAUUGCAGUAAAUAUUUUGACAUAUUGCACGUCUUUCAGUAAACAAAUACAAAACAAAGUCAUAAACAAUUACAGCACGUGCAUAAUGUCUAAAACAAUGCAUUAAUAGAAAGAACAUUAAGGACAAGUGAUUGGCACAGACAGAUAAUCUGGUAUACAUACAUAUGCAGGUAUUUUGAUCAUCGGAGAGUUUUGUUGUUACUUUGAAACGUCUUAGCUACAAGAGUUUAUUUAUGAUAUAGAAACGCCGACGGAUGAUGACAAACCCGUGAUGAAUUACCAAACUUUGCAGAUGAUAUUUCGAAACUUAUUGUGAUUGUAAUACUCGUGAAAAAAAAAAGAUAAAUACUUAUUUGUACUCAGUUUCUUGUGUAUUCAGUGAAAGAAAAUUUACGAAACCAUACAAUUUAAAGGAUUUGUUGUGUUUUAAAAUGAGUAGACAUAUGCAAAAACGGAAGUCACUUCCUGAAAGAAGAAAUUUCCAGGAAAAAUCUUUACCAGACAUUAUUAGACACCAUGAUAUGUACUUCAAUGAAGAAAAUGACAGUCACUCAGCUCCGAAUUCGCGCUCAAAUUCUUUUCGCUCUAAGACAAAACCAGAAGUAAAGGUUCUCCAUGUAGAUGUUGGCAAUCACAGGAGGAACAGUGAACCGAGUACACCGCUUCCGACAGAUUCGUUGUCAGUUCCCGGACAGGAUGAUAAUAUUUUGGUUAAAGUAAGAUCAUUCAAAACUACACGUAAAGGUAUUGUGAGUCGCGGAGACUCCUUCAGGAGACAAAGCAGAGGAAGUAUUACAAAUCUUACUGCUUCAAAAUCGGACAAUGCUCUUUAUAAGUCACAAGAACAGUCACCAACGAAGACAAAAAAUGGACUCCUUGCUGCGCCAUCAAAAGUGCCAGAUACACCGCAUAGCAAUUGUUAUAAAGUUGCAAUUAUUGGAGCGGAUGGUGUAGGAAAAACUGCUCUUACUAAACAAUUUCUCUCAUCAGAAAGCAUGUUCUUCGAUGACAGCCCAGGAGGCCAUAUUGAUGAACCAAACCAUAUCACAGUUAUCAUAGAUAAAGAAGAAACAACCAUUGAAUUCGUAGAUACAGAAGAAAGAGUAGACAUUUCAGUUUGCAGUGCCUGUGAUGCCUUCAUUAUUGUUUAUUCCGUACAAGACAUCCAUUCGUUUAACUAUGCCAAACACAAGUUACAUACCUUACGACAUAAUCUAGAGACAGACAGAGUCUGCAUUCUUGUAGCCAACAAAGUCGACCUCGUUCGAAAACGACGCGUUACUACUGAUGAUGGAAGAGCUGUUGCACAAAAGUAUACCUGCAAAUAUAUUGAAACAUCAGCAGGUUUGAAUUUGAAAGUCGAUGAUCUAUUAGUUGGUAUUGUGAGACAAAUAAAACUCAAAUUGAAAAAUGACCUUGAAAGUAAAACUCUUCCACGAGCUCAAAAGCCUUCAUCUGAACAACAGAAAGAUCAAAAAGGGUUCUUCAAACGUUUAUUUCGACGGAAACAAAAGAAGACAUCAUGCAGCAACAUGACUCAGCUAUAAAAUAAAAUCUUCUUUUUAUUCAGCAAUGAUUUUGGAUUAAGUCUGAGAGAAAAAAUUUUCUGUCAGUGAACGGAAAAUAUACCAAAACUUAUGAAAUGAUAAUUCAUUUUAAAACUACAGUAACUCAUUCGAACCUUUAUUGUAAAAACGAUUUUUUGGGCUUAUCGUAUGCAGUUAUGACUCCCUUAGUUUAGAAGUGAAGAAAGAGUUACGUUAUUAGUUGUGAAAUAUUGUUUUCAUAUUUUGAUUUUUUGUUGGUAUAA